GCCGGGCGGGGCGGGCGGUGCGGCCCGCGGGGCGAUGCCGGGCAGGAAGUCGGCCAAGGAGAAGAAGCGGCGCCGCUCGCGGUCCUGCUGCCCGGAGGGAGCCGCGGGGGCGGGCGGCAGCGAGAGGAAGCGGCGGAGCACCGAGUCCAGCCACGAUGCCGUGGAGGAAGCAAAAUGCAAUGUACCAACUGGAGAACAACCAGAAGAAGCUGAACAACCCAGUGAUAUAGAAGAAGGAGGAUUAGAUCUCAGUGUGUCUCUCAAACCUGUCAGUUUCUACAUCGCAGACAAAAAAGAAAUGCUUCAACAGUGUUUUUGUGUCAUAGGAGAGAAAAAACUACAGAAGAUGCUGCCUGAUAUUUUAAAGAGCUGUUCCAUGGAUGAAAUCAAAAGGCUUUGCUUGGAGCAGUUGGAGCUGUUAUCUGAAAAAAAACUGUUGAAGAUACUAGAAGGCAAGAUUGGAGCUGAUUCUGAUACUGAUGAGGAGGCAGAUGGAGGAGACAAGACUGGAGGUGAAUCAGUCAGUCAGCAGGAUAACAGUAUAGACUCUACUUCUUCUCUGAGAGAAGAAAACAAGCUGGAAGGUCAGGAAUCAAAACAAGGCAAGGGAGAAGAUAGUGAUGUCCUCAGCAUAAAUGCAGAUGCAUAUGAUAGUGACAUAGAAGGCCCAUGCAAUGAAGAAGAUGGCCCAGAUAUGCCAGAAAAUGGUAUAAGAAGUGGAGCUGGUCAGAUAGAUGACCUUGAGAAGGACAUUGAGAAAAGUGUGAAUGAGAUACUGGGAUUGGCAGAGUCCAGCCCAAAGGAGCCUAAAGCAGCAACUUUAGCUGUUCCUCCAUCAGAAGAUGUUCAGCCAUCAGCACAGCAGCUGGAGCUUCUGGAGCUUGAGAUGAGAGCCAGAGCUAUUAAGGCUCUGAUGAAAGCUGGCGAUGUAAAAAAACAGCCCUAAGAUUGUUUAGAUUUGAUUUUAAGUAGUUGUUUUGAAGGAUGUGAUGUCUGUUCUUUUCAGUGCUAAUGUGUAUUUGGGUUGGGUAUGACAUUCCUCAUUAAAACUCUUCUGAGUAUCCUGACCUGUGGCUUAAGCCAUUGGUAGUUGAUUUUACUGUCUUCAGUGUGCUGCUUCCAUGACAUGCACAGACAGAAUGGCUUGAUGCUUCACUGAUAUCAGAUCUCAUUGUGCUGGGUUAUCUCCUCAACCUGGUGCCUUCCAGAAGGGUCAGGAGAAUCAGUUAUCAAUUUUAUUUAUUAGUAACUGGUUAAACUACUUGAGGAACUUGAUUUAUAUGUACUUCAUUAAAAAUACCAUUUAGAAGAGUCUUUUGUCAUGUGUCUGCCUUCAGCAGUCUGUGAUGGGAUUCAAGAUUGCUUAUUUCUCCUUGAGGCCCAGCUCAUCAUAAUGUAGCUAUGCUAGUUAAAAUGAAUGAUGAUUCACCUAAAAGCAUAUAUAAUUUUUAGAAAGCUGAAUUCCUAAAGGGAGGAUUUUUUUCCUUUCAAAUAAACAAUUGAACCAUGUUAUUUGCAGAGUUAUUAAAGUGCCUGAAAGUGACAGAUACCAGAGUUUUUAUACAGUUGGUCAUGUAAUUUUGUCAGUUGUGUUCACUGUUUAUCUUCUCUGUCAUAACUGAAAUAAAAAAAAACAUUUUUUCUUGA